AUGGGAGACUGGGUUGGUUGUGUCGCAAGCGGCAGCCAGGCUGCAGGGGGAUGGGACGUGCUUCUGUUUUCGCUGCCUCCCCUAAGGUCUGAUGUUGGUGUUUCCCGGUGGGGAGGGCCCAGGUCGUGCCGUUCUUUCCUUCAGCCGGCCGCCUCGGAAGGAUCGUUAACGGCAGGGCGGUCGCUGGGGUUGCCCAGGUGGCAGCCGCCUAGUAAGGUGGAAAUGGGCAUGAAGAACCAUGAAAUAGUUCCUGCUAGCUUAAUUGCUUCUAUUGCCAGCCUUAAACAUGGUGGCUGUAAUAAAAUUUUGAGAGAGCUGGUGAAGCACAAACUUCUAGCUUAUGAACAAACUAAAUCUUUCCAGGGUUAUCGGUUAACUAAUACAGGAUAUGAUUACCUUGCCUUGAAAACUCUGUCUUCCCGGCAAGUCAUAAAUUCUGUUGGAAACCAGAUGGGUGUUGGCAAAGAAUCAGAUAUUUACAUUGUUGCAAAUGAAGAGGAGCAACAGUUUGCAUUGAAAUUACAUAGGCUUGGAAGAACUUCCUUUCGCAGUCUGAAAAAUAAACGCGACUACCACAAGCACAGACAUAAAAUGUCAUGGCUGUAUUUAUCCCGGCUAGCAGCAAUGAAGGAGUUUGUCUAUAUGAAAGCUUUGCAUGACAGAAAAUUUCCUGUUCCGAAACCUGUAGACUACAACAGGCAUGCAGUUGUUAUGGAACUUAUUGAUGGCUAUCCUUUGUGCCAGGUGCACCACGUGGAAGAUCCUGCCUCUGUCUACAGUGAACUAAUGGAUCUAAUUGUAAAACUUGCCAAUCAUGGUUUGAUUCAUGGUGAUUUCAAUGAAUUUAAUCUCAUAUUGGAUAAUGAUGACCAUGUCACUAUGAUUGAUUUCCCUCAGAUGAUAUCAACAUCACAUGCAAAUGCUGAAUGGUACUUUGACAGAGAUGUUAACUGUAUUAAGGAGUUCUUUAAGAAACGCUUCAACUAUGAAAGUGAGCUCUUCCCAGCAUUCAAAGACAUCAGGAGAGAGUGUUCUCUUGAUAGAGAGAUUGCUGCCAGUGGUUAUGCAAAAGAAAUGCAGGAAGAUGGUGAACUGCUUUACCCACCAGGUUCUGAUGAGGAUGAUAGUACAACAGAGGUAUCAGAAUUUGGAGAAGAUGCUGAGAAUAAGCUCAACUUCUUCAGCAAAGAUAAAGAAAACAAUGCAGACUUCAUGUACGAAGUGAGUGAUUCCUCUGAAAGCAGAACCUCUGACGACUUUAUGUAUAGCAAUGAAGAGGCUGAUACAACUGAAAGUAGUGAAAAUACACAAAGACUGAAUAUGUCAAAGUUGAGUUCAGCCUUAGAAGAAGUUGAAGGGCAAGCUAUGCCUUGGAAGUCCGGUGAAGAUGCAGAGAGUUCUGCAGUUGAUUUUUUUGAGGGCAAAAGCAUAACUGAAAAUGCUGCUGAAGUCGAAAAUCAGACACUUCGAGGAGGGUGCUGUGAUGAUAAGGAGAAUGGAGACAAAUGCCCUGAUCUGGUUGACUUGUCGACUUUAAAUGAGAAAUUCAGGCAUUACAGAAAUGAAGAGAGUAUCGUUCAUAUUGCUGAGCACAGAACAAGGACUAAAAGUAUCACAUCAGUCAGAAGUGUUGGGAGCUGUUCAACUAUUCCAGCGGAACUGGUGAAACAGAAGAUAAAACGUCAACUGACCAAACAUCAAAAGUCUGCUCUGAGGCAACGGCUGCAAAAAGGAGAGGCAAAUAUUUAUACCAAACAGCGUCGAGAAAAUAUGCACAACAUUAAGUCAAGCUUGGAUGCAGCUAGUUUCUGGGGAUAAUUUAUUAAAGCUCCCAUAGAACAUGAGAAAACGCAUAAUGUAUACAGUUGAAAGAAUUAUGCUAAUAACCAAUAAUCUUUUUAUAUAAUGGAGCAAUCUCUUCUAUACAACCAAAUGUUUUUCUGGAAGUUAAUAAACUUCAUUCUGGUUCCUAGUGA